AAAUUCUUACAUGUCCACAAUUGUUUAUGCUUACUUUCGUUAUGGUAUUUAGUACGUAGGCAGAGACCAUGGCGCUGAAGUAGGUCUUCUCGUUCAUCCUUCCGACAAAUAUGCAUCCUGUUCAACGCCAAUGGCUUUUUUUACUGCUCAUUUCUGCUAUAACAUUCAAUAUCAUCAUACAAGUAGAGGCAGCACACUCCACUCAAGGAUUAGUUGAGCUCUUGAAACGGAGACUACCUGCUCAUGUAAAUGACUUCCAGUUCAAAAUACGAAGUAACCAUACAUUGGGGGCGAUGAAUGAUGAAUAUGCUGUAUCUCAAACAUCCACGGGAAUUAUUCUUGUAGAAGGGAAUUCAUUAAGUGCUCUUGCUACCGGGUACGUCUCUUCGACUGACUUUUUGUCCGCAAUUUUCAGCUUAUGAAGAUAGGUUACGUAAAUACUUCACAGACGUUCUGCAUGUGGAUAUCUGGUGGUAUAUUGGUUCGCAGCUCCACCUUGCUCCUAAAGAAUUCCCACCUUUAAAUUCGACACUGAGAGGAUCAAGUAUUGUACCAUGGCGAUAUCAUUUCAACACUGGUAAGCGCAUUGUCCUUCUAGAAGCGCCUUCCAUUAAUGAUUGCAUGCCACACAAUGUUUUGGUUACUAAACAGAUGCUAAUAAAUACUUCGUAGUCACAUUCUCUUAUACAACCGCCUUUUGGACCUGGGAUGAUUGGGAACUCCAACUAGACUGGAUGUCCCUUCACGGCAUAAACCUCUCUCUCGCCUGGGUAGGGUAUGAAAAAACAUUACUUUCCACCCUCCUCACCCUCGGCCUCACCACCCAUGAAAUUCUUUCAUUUUUCUCCGGUCCGGCCUUUCAAGCCUGGAAUCGAUUCGGUAAUAUCCAAAGAUCUUGGGGCGGAAGCCUCCCAAUCUCUUGGAUAGAAGAACAGCACCUUCUUCAAAACAAAAUUGUACAGCGAAUGGUAGAACUAGGUAUUACACCUGUUUUACCCGCUUUCACUGGUUUCGUGCCAAGCGCAUUGAGAAGUGUAGCGCCUUAUGCAAAUAUAAUUAACGGAAGUGACUGGGGCAAUAUUUUCCCAGUCGAAUACUCAAAUGAUACAUUUCUCUACCCUACCGAUCCUCUUUUCACCACGCUUCAACAUACAUUCCUCAGUUUUCAAUCCGAAUAUUAUGGAAACGUUACGCAUAUCUACACACUAGAUCAAUAUAACGAAAACAAUCCCGCAUCCGGAGAUCUCUCAUAUCUAAGAAACGUAUCACGUGGAACUUACGAAUCUCUCCAAUCCUUUGACCCAAAUGCCGUCUGGAUGUUACAAGGUUGGCUUUUCUACUCUCUUUCAUCAUUCUGGACACAAGAUAGGAUCGAAGCUUAUAUCGGUGGUGUCCCCAAAAAUGAAAGCAUGUUAAUCCUGGACCUCUUCUCCGAAUCUUUUCCACAAUGGGAAAGGACGCAUCAUUAUUAUGGGAAACCGUGGAUCUGGUGUCAAUUACAUGAUUAUGGCGGUACUUUAGGUUUAUACGGUCAGAUUUACAAUGUUACGAAUUCGUCGAUUGGAGCGUUUCGGGAAUCGGAGAAGAUGGUGGGAAUGGGGAAUACAAUGGAAGGGCAAGAGGGCAAUGGGUUAAUGUAUGAGUUGCUUUUGGAUCAGGCUUGGAAGAACGACCCUAUUGAUACUGAGGAUUACUUUAAGUCUUGGGUGAAAAAACGAUAUCAUAUUAAAGGGCAGAAGAAGCAGUUACCGGGAGAAAUAUACGAAGCUUGGGAUAUCCUCCGAACGACAGCUUAUAACAACACAAACUUAACUCUCUCCGACAGUGUACCAAAAUCCUUGCACGAAAUGCAACCUAAUAUCACGGAAAAUCAUGGAAGAUUGGGACAAUCUUCAAGUAUCGAUCUUUAUAAUCCAAAUUAUCUAUUCAGAGCCUGGGAAUUGCUUUUUAAUGCAUCAGUAUUGGUACCGGAAUUAUGGGAAGAUGAGGGAUGGAAAUUCGAUGUGGUGGAUGUUACAAGACAGGUUCUCGCAGAGAGAUUUAAGUUGGCGUAUGUGGAACUGAUAGAGAGAUAUAAGAAGGGUGCUGAUAUUUCCGGUAAUGGUGAUAUUUUACUUGGGAUACUGAAGAGCUUGGAUGAUUUGCUAUCUACAUCACCUCAUUUCAGAUUAGACACUUGGGUAAAUGCUGCAGUCUCUUCUGCACCACUCUCUUCCUCUACAAAUUCCUCAUUCUCCUCAAUCGAUAACUCCUCGUUGCCCUCCAGUUCCUCCCCAUCGAUGUUAACAUCAAAUCUCACACAAACCCAAAAAUUCUUCGUCUACAACGCGAUCAACCAGAUUACGAUCUGGGGACCUACAGGACAGAUUGAUGAUUAUGCAUCUAAGAGUUGGGGAGGUCUUGUACGUGGGUAUUAUUUGCCGAGAUGGCAGAUGUUUUUGGAGUAUAUUGGUCAAGUGCGGUUUGGAGAGUUUAACGCCACGGAACUAAAAGAAAGGUUGGAUAGUUUUGAGCUGGGAUGGCAGUUGAGCGGUGGUAUAGAUGGUUUGGAAGGGGAGGGUGUCCGGGAGAAGUUGAAAGAAUUGGUUGGGGAGUUGGUGGAAAGUUUGAAGCUGCGGGGAGUUCGGGAAGUGUGAGCGAGUCGUUUCCUGGAACAAAGCUAUGUGCUAUAAAAUAUUGGUUCAGGUGUCUUGAUAUGACUUUCGGGGCUAUCAGUUCUAGCAGACUCCUGUACAUUGCAUGAUGCAAGUAAGAUAUAUUGGUACUUUCCAGAGCACUGUUUCCUUGAAUUGUGGGUGCUAGUUAGGCUUACCGAGCAUAGGUGUGUUCUUCACGAUGACAUCUCGGUUCUCGUCAAUGUAGUAAGUAUCUUUACCGUAUAUAUACAGAAUUACAAAGACCUCGGGAGUAAAAGAUA